AUGUCAACCACAGACCCUGAAGAACCAGAAGAUCCAUUGGAAGAAGGAGACGCCCAGCUAGGUUUUCCCUCUGAGAAACUAGAGAGCUCCAAGGAAUUGGAGGAUGUUGGCUUGCUGGUCACAUCCCAGAUUUCCACCAAGGGAGAGCAGACAGCUCCUCCCAUCAUAGGAGGCUUGAUCCGGGAAAGUGAGAACUGGCUUACAAUAAUGGAAGCACUCUCUGAGGUUCUCAAGAGAGUCUAUGCAGUUGGUCCAAGUCCUGGCGUUUUGCCUUCAAGACCUGGGAAGGUUGGAGAAGUGUUGAAACCCAUCGUUCGGUGGCACGGAAUUUUGCCCAAAGAUGCCAACCAGCCUUUCCUAAAAUGGUGCCUUCCGAAGCUGCUGGAUUUCAGCUUCCAGAAUCUUCUGGAAUUCCACACCGAGAAAUCUUGGGGAGGUGCAACGGGGGCCGCCAUGCUGCUGGCGUUGGUGGCGUUGGCGGCGGCGGGGGCGGCGGGGGCGCUGGAGCCGGUCAGCGUCAGCCUGGCUAUCGGGGCGGCCUCCGUGCUGAGCGGCUACCUGGCCAAGCCCCGCUUCUACUGCGCCUUCGUGGAGUGCUGCCCCCCCCGCGACCACCGCCGCCCCCCCCCCGCCCUGCAGCAGUCCCUGAACGAGAGGCUCUUCGGCCAGCACUUGGCCCAAGAGGUCAUCCUGAAGGCGCUGACCGGCUUCAUCCACAAUUCCAACCCGAAGAAGCCGCUGGUCCUCUCGCUGCACGGCUGGGCCGGGACGGGCAAAAACUUUGUCAGCCAGAUCAUCGCCGAAAACCUUUACCCGGCCGGACUGAAGAGCACCUUCGUGCACCUGUUUCUUUCCACGCUGCAUUUCCCGCACGAGCACCUGGUCCCUCUCUACAAGGACCAGCUGCAGAAAUGGAUCCGGGGCAACGUCAGCACCUGCGCGAAGUCCGUCUUCAUCUUUGGAAUGGAUAAGUUGCACCCGGGGCUGAUUGACGCCAUCAAACCCUUCCUGGAUUACUACGAGCAGAUCGACGGCGUGUCGUAUCGGAGAGCCAUCUUCAUUUUCCUCAGUAACGCGGGAGGCGACCUGAUCACAAGAGUCGCGCUAGAGUUUUGGAAGAGCGGCCGAGAGAGGGAACAGAUCCAGUUGAAAGAUUUGGAAAUGGUCUUGUCCUUGGGCGUUUUCAACAACCGGAACAGCGGCCUGUGGCACAGCAGCCUGAUUGACCGAAACCUCAUCGAUUACUUCGUGCCUUUCCUUCCCUUGGAGUACAAGCACGUCAAAAUGUGUAUCCGGGCAGAGAUGAAAUCGCGCGGCAACUUCGUCGACGAAGAGAUCGUCGAAAACGUGGCCGGAGAGAUGACCUUUUUCCCCAAAGACGAGAAGAUUUACUCGGACAAAGGCUGUAAAACCGUGCAGACUAAGCUGGAUUUCUAUUAAGGAUUUCUAUUUUUUUAAGGGUCCCCAAAAGAGGAGGAGAAAAUAUUUGCAACAAUUUCCUCUGUUUAUGCACAUUUUGUAAAAAAUGCGAAAAAAGAGGCAGUCUCUGGAUAUGCACUUUUAAAAAAGUUUCGGGAGUUGUUUUCACAGCCCCUUGGAAGCUUUGGGGGCAUCGUUCCCUCUUCCCCAGAUGUGGUCACCUUGAAAAUAUUGCUUUGGGCAUCUUCCACUGUGCUGCACUUUUUAACACUCACUAAAGGGGGAGGGGGUUGUAGAAGAUAUAAUUUAAUCUAUUGGGGGGAUUGAAGAGAGCUACUCAAUUUGAUGAUUCCUAAC